UCAUGACAAGAUCAAAUUCUAAGAGAAGAUUUUAUGAAUAAGUUUAAAAAAUAGCGUUAAAGCAUACUGUCAAUAGAAGUCUUUAAGUAAAUACAAAUGUAGUUUCCGCAAUAAGAAUGCAUUACAGUAGUAUAGCAAGUGGUUCCGAAUCGAUCACCGACUACCCAGUAGACUUACUAAGCGACGAAGAGCUUGUCCAUCAUGUAGAACAUCUACGCAAGCAAAUCCGAAUACUAAAACUAGAGAAUGAAGUACUAGAGAUGAACAUUAUGAGACUAGAUCCAUCGCUAAUGGUCGGCGUACAAGAAGCGUUCAAAUACGCGACAAAACUACCGACCGCCUCAGACGAAAACCUGGGCAGUUUCCUCAAAUCCCAAAUGACCAAAAUGAAACUAAAUGAAAACUUGCACGCCGUAAGCGGGACCACAAGAUCGCUGCGUAGAGCUGAUUCCAGAGCCAAGGUCAAUGCGUCUACAGUCACCAGAGUUGCAGCAAGGAUAAAUGUGAAUGAGAGGCACGAACUACUCUCCAUAGCAAUACAACAUGUAGAGAAGAACAUACAUGAAUGGAAAAAGCAGUGUAAGACAAAAACUGCGCUGUUUAACGCCCAACUCGAAGCGUGCGACCUUUGGAUCAUUGAUACGGAAAAAUCAGCUCAAAGUUUCAACGAAGAAGUUAUAGUGAAGGGCUAUGAUCGACUGACACAGCGUAUACCAGCUGAAGUAUGGAUCAGAUUCAUGAUAGAAUGGUCUAAAAGCACCGAUAAGAAACUAGACAAGUUGCGUCUAAAGAAUAGUACGUUAAACACACAAUACAAAAAGAUAAAAGCAACAAUCGGCGCGAAGAGGGAACUCAGCAAGAAUCUAACUCCGGUAGACUUUGACAAGAAGAGAAUACAGAACCAAGAAGCGGAGAAGCUUUUGGAAAUAAAGAAGGUACAGUUGUAUGAACUGAAGGCGAUGGCUGGCGACGCGAACCUGAAUGUGACGAUUCACAAAAAUGCUGUGACGUUCGUCAAUAAGUACUUGACGAAGUUGGAGAAUUUGAAGGUGCAGAGGACGCGGCAGACGGUGCAAAUAGAGAAAGAGAGUAAAGAAAUAGAGUUACAGGUAAAUCAUUUGGAACAGAAGGUAGAAGAGUUGAAGAAAUUGAGGGCAGCGUAUUACGUACCUGAUAUAAUCGAUUAUGUUGCGGUAAAAGACCAAAAACAUGAAUUGCUUUAUGGGAUUAAGAGAAUGGAAACGAGGUUGCAAAUUAAUAAGACUGCUUUAUCCAGGACUUAUAAACAGUUGAGACUUUUAUUGAGUCUGGGUUUAAGAGAAGGAGAUAAAGAUACCGAUACUGUUUCGGGCUACUCAGAACAAUGGGAUUGAAGGUCCAAAUUGUUUUAUUUUUUAUGGAACACGCCGGUAUACGAUCAGACGUAUCACCUGAUGGUAAGCAAUCGCCGCCGCCCAUGGACACUUUUUUUAUGUUAAAUGGGCCGACGUUUGGCCGCUAUCUCGCCUGAUGGUAAGUGAUGAUGCGGCCUACGAUGGAGCACGUCUGCCCAUAAGCAACCUAUUCACUCGGGCUUUGAAGACACCCAGGUUAUACCCAUCAGGAAACAAGAAACACAGACACUUGAAACACCAGAGACGUUACAAGUGUGUUGCCGGCCUUUUGGGGGUUAGGAAUUUAAGGGUUGUUUAAUUUAAGUUGUAAUUUAUGGGUUUUGGAAAAUGUGACAUUUAUGUUAAAGUUUUUAAAAGAAGAGAGGUUAUCAUAAUUAUGAAUGACGACAAUGACUUUUGUUAAUAUUAUUUAUUGGAGUUAAAAGGAUAAUUAUGUGUAUUUGUUGUAAACGCCUGUUAUAAGACUCUGGUUCUUAUCUUAAUUUUUCUUGACUGUUGUUAUAUGAACCCCAUUUUUUAGAAGCCCCUAUUCCUAAAGGGCUCUUUUUUUUUCUUCAGCUAUGGGGGUCCCAGAGCGGUUCAUACUUUUAGGAGUAUUUUGUAAUUUGGUUUUAAGUUUCCUCUUAUUUAGUUUUGUUUGAAGUUCAAGUUACUUUAAGACAGGUUUUGACUAUAAGUGAUAGAAACCUAAUUUUAGUCUUUAUUAAUGAUUAAAAUACUUUAUGCGUUAAACUUGUA